AUGUCCACCACACCAGUUGAAGAUAGGAUUCGGCUCAAACUCGACAAAGCAUUCAACCCCACGACCCUCAAUAUCGCCAACGACUCCGCCUCCCACGCCCACCACACCGCAAUGGCAGGCAGUGUUUCCAAAGAGACACACUUUCGCGUGUUGAUCACAUCUGAUGAUUUUCUGAUGAAGACCCAGCCAGCGAGGCAUCGUAUGGUUUACACAGUGCUGAAUGACGAAUUGAAGAAAGAGGGGGGCAUACAUGCGUUGCAGCUGAAGACUCAGACGAUAGGUGAAGAGCAGAUACUGUGGAGGAAGGCGAGAGCUGAGGGUGCAGUAUAA